AUGUCUUUUCCAUCAACUGGGUCUCCAACAAAGGCUCGCAAGCACUCGGAACGCGAGUCCCUUUCUAACGACAGCGAUUUCAAUGCGCAUAGCAUGCCUUUUGGACGGGAUAUAUCUAUACUCCUCACCUCCCAAUUGAUGGAGACUCUGAGUGAGUGA